CUCAGCAACAACUGCAGUCGUCUCGUACUUUUGUCUACAAAAUGAACGCCAACAACAACCACAACCACAACAACCGCAACCGCAACCGCAACCGCAGGCGCAAUCGUCGUCGCGUGGAGAACCCCGCGGGCGAUGAGAACCGCGCUCUUGCCCCUGCUGCCGGUCGUCGCGUGGAGAACCCCGCGGGCGUUGAGAACCGCGCUCCUGCUCCUGCUGACAUCCGCCACCUUGAGGGCUGGGGUUAUGUCGACUUCGAGAACCGCGCGCUUGCCGAAGCUCGUCCGGCCCCGCAAGCCCCUUAUGUUCACCGUAUCGAUCACUACAUCAGCGUCGAAGGUGAAGCCGACACCAUCCGCCCGCUCAUCACCCUGGCCGUCCGGCAGAUGGGCCCCUCCUGCUUGUUCUGGGUCAGCGCAGGCCCGAUGCAGGCGGCCAACGGCCAAACGUGGGACUCCGACCAUCACGUCACGGCCCACGGUGACCAGGCUCUGGCCAGGAUGACCGUCGCCCUGGCCGUCCAUAAAUGGGGCGAGCGUGCCCAAAUCUCGCUCACGGCCCGCCCUCCUCCGGCGUACGUCCCGCCCCCGCCUGCCCCGCAGCCUCAACAGCAGAUGGCGUACCCGGCUCCCCCCGUGGCUCCUGGCGCGGCUCCUCAAGGGGAGUAUUACCCGCCUCCUCACCACUACCCGGCACCUCCUGUGCCUGCGCCUUACCAACCGUAAGCGGCGGGCCAGGCUGCUUUCCCUGGGUGCGCUCCCGGAUGGACAGCCCCUUUGCAACGCUUGGGGCUUGUUUUUGAAGCUCCAUGGUGUCGUGAGACCACUUGGUUUGAAGAGAACAAGUCACAAGCGUUGUAGAGGGACGGACA